AUGACUCAACUGUCUUUCGUCACUCUUGACGUCUUCACCUCGAAGCCGUACACCGGCAACCCACUAGCCGUGGUCUUCCUACCGGAAGAUGAAUCCCAAGCGUUGACCCAGCGACAAAAGCACCAGAUCACCCUGGAAUUCAACCUCUCGGAGACUAUCUUCGUGCACCCAGUGCGCGAUCAUUCCAAACGCAAGAUAGACAUCUUCACAAUUGAGUGUGAGAUUCCAUUCGCCGGACACCCCACCAUUGGCGCCGCAACAUGGUUCCUGUGCCACGCCCCGGAUGCAGCCGGCGGUGCGGUGAAGACAUUGACCACCAAAUCGGGUGAUAUACCCAUCUCCAUCCAAGACAAGGCAAGCCAGUACGUCGCUGCGAAGAUUGCCCACAACACACGCAUCCAUGCAGCGAGGUAUCCGCUCCAGGAAAUGCUACGCCUGCACCCGACCUUGGCACCAUUCUUCCCCAAGUCGGAUACUUCUUUCCCGCUCUUCUCAAUUGUCAAUGGAAUGGCUCAGACUUUUAUUGAGCUGCCUUCUUUGGAAGCACUUGCAGCUGUACCUGUCGCGACAGGAGGCGAGUUAGUUCCCGUUGAGAAACACUUAGACGAGGGCUGGCGAUCGGGAUUGAUCUGUGUUUAUUUCUUUGUUCGUGAUGUUGACGAUGAAGUUAUGAACCAGAAGGUUAUCCGCACUCGUAUGAUGUUGGGAAGUUUCGAGGAUCCCGCGACCGGUAGCUCGGCUAGUGGGCUGACAGCGUAUCUGACGCUGACUGAGGGACAGGCUGGCCAGGAGCACAGGUAUCACAUUGUGCAAGGCGUUGAGAUGGGUCGGCGGAGCGAUAUCGGUGUGAAUGUCACUUUGGACAACGUUAAGAAGAUUGAGCAGGUUGUCUUGACCGGCACAGCGGUGCAGGUUUCAGAGGGCAAAAUCACAGCACCCGAAGCAUAA